AAGAAGACGAGGCGUGUGGCUGCUAUCUGGCGGAGCUUUUCAAUCAAACUGUGGAUUCGCUUAGCUGCAAGGAACUUCGGUAUCCCCAAGUUUACAAAGAUUUGGUUGAAGAAGGGGUCUUAUUCAAUUUUCUCUGAAGGAAGCACACGCAAGAUGCAGGGCACUUCAAAUGAAGGGAACCAGCACCAGUCGCCCGAGAGUCCCAGUAGAUUCACGGUUCAGACUCCAGGCGCAGAGGCGACAGAUCCUGCCAGUCAGUCGCGAGAAGAAAGCUUCCGACAGCCAGCAUCACGGGUCGAGGACGUAACGCCGAACGCCCGGCACAAGCCGCCAUGGUUCAAGGAACGACCACAGAAGCGGCCGUCUCAGACAAGUGUGGUCCUCACCAGAGGGAUACUUAAGUCCAGCGCGGGCUUCCAGGGAAAGCAGCACACCUCGCAGGCACCGGAUACCAUGUCUACAGUGAACCAAGGGUCUGCGCUGACUAAGCCGACAUCGCCUGAAGCUGUAGUGCACCCAGACGUCCCAGACUCCUCGAAGAAUAGCCCUGUACCUGUGGACAUGCCAGCUCCAGCAAACCGACCACCUGCAGAUGAGUCAACCAAGCAGAAGUCAAACAUUAGCGUGAUAGCGGCAGACCUGCAGCCUUCUGACGUGUGGGCCACAGCCACUGACGAUACGCCCACGGAGAGGGACCACCAGGAGCUGCAGGCCUCGCCAGCAGUGGCCGGUGAACCACCACUGGAAGGAACGACGGUGACAAUGCUGCCAGUCAGCAAAGGCAAGCGGGUCUCUAUCGACCCGAAUCCCACCAUCGGCAUACUCACGUCGGAGAGCUCGUUGCCCACUUCGUCGGUAGAGCGUGAUAUGAUGCGAACGCUACCGAUAAUGCGCCAGUGCGCCGUCAGGGGUGCUUCAUCGGCGGCGUCACAACAGCUCGAAACAGAUGAGCAGGCCGAGACCACGGUUGAUUCUGGCAAGGGACCCAUGCAGGCGGCGCGGGAAUCCUUCUCGAAAGGCACGAGCUCGUCAGUAGGCAAGCGCGGGACACGCACCUUCGUGCACUCUGAGCCGGUUCGACUCGAACUGCUGACCGACCAACACCCUUUGAUGUCGACGACGCUGGUGGUGAGGAGGAAGCCCCGCCACCGGCAGCUCGUGGUGUUAGCCGUCGGGCUCAUCGUGGCGUCCAUGGUGGCCGCGUUCUUCUCGUUGCUGAUCAUCCGCCGCGUUCGCCACUCCAUCGUGGCCCGGGUCUCCGUGUGCUCCACGGAGGACUGUGUCAACCACGCGCGUCGCCUGAGGCACAGGAUGAACACCUCGGUGAACCCUUGCCACGACUUCCACACCUAUGUAUGCGGGGGUGGUGACUCCGACGGUGCUUCUCCGGCACGGAAGUCGGCAUGGCGUACGCGCCAGCAAGCCGCAGAGCUCGUGCGUGCCCUGAGUCAACCAAGCUACUCGCUGUUCUCGAAGCACGCCUCGACGGCUGCCUACAAGGCGCUGAGUGCACUGGAUUCUUGCAUAGCGAGGGAGGACAACCGGUCGGCAGGACUCUUCGUCUCCUUCAUGAGGGAUCGGCGACUGCCGUGGCCGCAACGACCCGGAAAGCCGCUCAGUCUCGCGGAAGUGCUGGACAUUCUGUUCGACCUGGCGGUGAACUGGCGAGUGGCGCUGUGGUUCGACGUGCGCUUCUCGCACCUCGGCGCGGAGGGCAGACUGGUGAUGACCCUGGAGGAGCCCGGGCCUGUUCCCCUGUACCGCAUGGAGCAGCUUUCCGACCUGGACGAACGAGCGUACGGGGAUGCCGUGCGCGAGCUGGCGCUUUUCCUCACCAAAGGCAAUAUUACGCUAGAGGAAGAAACCAUCCGGGAACUUUAUUUGGACGAGUCGGCAGUACGGGACGUAGUGUUGUCCAGCGAUGAAGGGCCCGACGCAUGGGUGCUCCCCAAUGGCACGGACCAUACGUUCAACGUCUCGGCCGAUGAGUGGGAUGCCCUCGUGAACAAGUACCUGGGCGCCAGCGGCUUCUCGACGUCCAACCGCGUCGACGUCCUGGCGAUUCACCGGGAAAAAUUUGACGCGUUGGCGCGGCUUUUGAGCGAACUUCCCACGGACAGACUCCUGGCUGCGGCGGGAUGGACGCUGGCCUACUCCUACGCGUGGGCCGCUAAUCCGUCUCUGGACGCCUUUACACCUACUGAAAGUACGACGGCGAGUCCCACUUAUAGAGUCCAAGUCGCAUUGUGCUUCUUGGCUGUGCACGAGUCUCACGGCAUUACCAUGGUGGCGCCCAUGUUCAUGGACGUGUUUUCCGCCGACGAACAGCAAGCGCGGGUGGUGGCCGUUGUCAACAGGACCGCCGAAGCCCUGACCAGUGCCAUGCGCAUCUCCACUGUCAUCGCCAGCGAAACAAAGAAGAAACUAGCCGUCAAAAUAGCGGCGCACGUCUACCGCAACUUCUGGCCGCCGGAGCCCUUCGUACACUCCGAGGUGCUUGACUUGCUGUACGACAAGUUUCCAAUCGCGAGCGGCUCGUUCUUUGUGGCGUGGUUACAGUCUCGGAAAGCUCUGAGGGCGUCUAUAACAAACCCUUACUACGCAAGCCUCAUGCUGGCCAGGUACCGGUGGCACUCGUCGCGGGUGCUCUACCUGUAUGCGUUGAAUCUGAUGCUAGUCGGCCUGGCCACCGUGUUCCCACCCUCGUAUUUGCACAACGGAUCGCACGCCAUGACGUACGCGGGCUUGGGCUUCCAGUUCGCUCGGCAGAUAGUGCGUGCCGUGGACAACCGCGGACGGUACCUCGCCUUCGACGGUCGACCUGAGGCUUCGCCGAAGGACAACCAUACAAGUCAGAAGUGCCGAUUGGCCAUGGCAGAAACCUCGACUAAGCGGCGAGUGGUUCGUGAUUUGUUCGCCCUGGACCUUUCCUUGGCAGCAAUGAAAGACGCGGUUGCCGCCGAUUCGACGCCGCUCCAGCUGAAGUCGCUGGAGCACCUGGGUCCCGAGGAGACGUUCUACGUCAGCUAUUGCGACCACUUCUGCGACGAGCAGCCGCAAGAGCGAGCGCAGUCGAUGUGCAACCUGGCAGUGAACGGCUCGGGCUUUAGUCAGGCCUUUGGCUGCGAUGCACGCACAGACGGAACUCACGAGUGCCUUUUUUUCUGAGCUUCUUUACAUUGGCUUUACACGGGUAUGCAGUUGAUGUACCCCCUCAUCAGAGCAAGGAGGGCUGCUGACUGGUAGCUCCUUUUUGUGGGAGCAAAUUUUCGCCCCAUAGAUGUCCCAUAGACAAAUGUUUAGCUUUCUUGUAUACGCAAAGGGAGCAUGAGAAAUCGAAGAUAUCUAAUUCAGAAAGGGGCAUUACUCCCCCACAAGGAGGUAUCAAGGACCCUGUUUGUUUGUUGCGUACGUUGUGAUGUUAUCUUUCCUGAAGAUUUCGAGAUGCGAACCUUCUGUGAAUAAAGGAUAAUCUGUCGGAAAAUAUCGCUGAUUGACGUAGAACAUCGCCCUACAGUGCGGACUUUGAUAGCACCAGUAAAUUCAUCGAUCACUUCACCACAAACAAUUGUUUCAACUCACCUUAACAAUGUGUUAAGCA